GGAUUCGCUCCAUAACUUGACUAUCUAUAAGUGGGCGCCAUUUUGAAUCGCAAAGCAUUUGUGUUUUGACGUAGUACGCAUGAGCAAACUAAUCCAAGAUGGCGGACGAAUUCGAGAAUGAAGACGAUUACGAGAUAGACUACAGACGGCUUCAAGACAAUCAUUUCAAGGCUGGAUAUAUUGAAGGGCUUCAAGCUGGUGAAGAGUCAACACUUCAGCAAGGAUUCAAUGAAGGUUUUGCUAAAAGUCGUACAUUUUCAUCAGAGUUUUCAAAGCUAUCAGGAUCAAUAAGUGCUGUUUUGUCUUUCCUACAGUCAAAAUAUUCAAAUAAGAAUCAAGAUUAUACUGGAUUAAUGAAAGAAAUAAUAAAACUAAAAGCAGAAGUAAAAGCUCUUGAACAACAAGCUUUGGUUGAAUUUGAAAACAUUUCAAGACAUCAAGAUGAUCAAGGAACAAAAUUAGAAAGUGGAAACCAUAGAAACUUUGUAGAAAAUGUAUCUAGUUCUUCUGUAGUGGAUGAUACAAAAGCUUGUUUAUCAGAGAAAAAAGAAAUUUGCUGUCAGUCUGACAACAGUUGCAGAAAAGAUUCUGGAACUCAACUUUCUGCAGAUGAUGCAAGCACUUGUUCUGGAGACGGUUGCUGUAGAAACACUGAAAAGAUACUUAGUAAAACUAAAAAUGAAGUUUCCAAGAAAACGAAAUCAAAUGAAAGCAAUUCAUACAGUGAAAUGAAAAGAAUAGAAAACCAUUUUAGAAGUUUGGUAGAAAAGGAGUUGAACAUAGCUUUAGGUUGCAUUCAAAAACCAGAGUAAUUAUUUAUUUUAUUUUGAGCAGUUUUUGUAUAUCUGUGACUUGCAUAAUUUCUAGAUGCCUGAGUUUUAGGCUUCUGUCAAUAAAAAUGAAUAACUCAGCUAGAACAUUGUGCAGUUGUAAGUUUGAUAAACAGAAACAAACAACAUAUACAAAAAAAGAGAAUUCAUAAAGAAUUAUAUUCAUUUGGGAGACUGUUAGGAAAAGGAAAAUAUUAAUAGUUCAAACAUAGCUCAUUGCUGUUGAUAUGGUGUCAUUACAUCGCCUCAACGUUAGUUAGUGUGUAAUAGUGAUAUGAGAACAAAAGAACACAAUCGAAUUAGGGUCCACUAAUUUGUAUUAGGCUAGUGUGUAUUUCAUAGGUUUAUGAAACCACUCUAAUUUAAUCCCUGUAGUACAUCUCAGUGUAAUAGAUAUCAAAAGAGGAUAAUUAGUAAUUUCUUCCUGACAUUAAUGUAAUUAGUUUUCUUGCUUUAUGCUAAUGUCAAGCUAGAAUAGAGUGCAUACCAUAUAUCUGUGAAAAAGUUACCUUAGUGCAAAAA